GACAAAAGCCAGCCUCAUCAGAGCCCCAGCUGCGCCCUCCCCACCGUGCGCGCGCGCGGAGCCGUUAUUAGCCUUGGCCGCCGGCCUGCCCCACGCCUAACGCCUCAGCGCGCACGCAGCUAGCUGCACGACGUCGCCCGAGUGACACCGACCAGUUCACUCCACCGCGAGCGAGCUCGGCAUGGCCCCGACCACCCCUGCCACGGGCGCCGUCGCCUCGCCGGUCGUGACGAGCCAAGGCAAGGCCGCCGCGGGCUCCGUCGGGCUUGGGCUCCCCGCGCUGCCGCCGCUGCCAGGCCUCGGCCUCGCGUCGCAUGGCCAGCCCCGCGUCGCUUCCUUCUGCAAGCGGCUCGCGAGGAACGUGGUGUCCAUGGCCGUGGGGGAGCCGUCGGCGCCUCUGGCCGCCAACGAGGAGCUCACCGAGUUCGUCGACGCCUUGAAACAGGAGUGGGACAGGAUCGAGGACAAGUACGCGGUGACCACACUCGCGGUCGCGGCCACGCUAGGCAUGUGGAGCGCCGGUGGAGUAGUAUCGGCAAUUGACAGGCUCCCCGUGGUUCCAGGUCUGAUGGAGGCUGUUGGAAUUGGUUACAGUGGGUGGUUUGCGUACCGGAACCUGCUGUUCAAGCCGGACAGGGACGCUUUCUUUGCAAAGGUCAGGGAGGUCUACGAGGAUAUAAUCAGCGGCUAACUGCAGAUGCGACACAAGUGCAAGCUCGGCCAAAUUAAGAGAAGUUCAUUCGAAGAUAGACUACUAGCUAGUCUACUACUGUAUUCUCUGUAAUAUAUUUCAGUAUAGCAUCUAAUUUUAAUUCUCACUCAAUGCAUGUAUGGUUAAAUAAUUUGGAAAUUAUCCGACAACGGAUAUUG